AUGUACCAGCUCCCAUCAAUUGCAGACUUUAAAGCGCUAUCUCCGGAAAACCAGAAAGAGGCGAUUGACCACCUCUUUGAACCAUGUGACUCUCUCAACUGGUUUAUACAAACAUUUGUCAUUGCUCACAAAAACUAUGAAUCUUGGCCCCAGUUCAUCAACAAAGUUCGCUCCGAAUUACAUAUUCUAGCCAACCGCAACGGCUUCUACGCAGUGAGAAACGGAUACGAAGCCAACACUUUAAUCAAUGAUAUAAUCUCAGCCCAUCCGAGAUUGGGAGCUCCUAAAACGACCCAAUUGAGCCAACAUUCAGCCGAGGAGCAAAAGAAAUUGGGUGGUGAAGAGAUGCAAAAGAGAUUGGCUGAGCUUAAUGAGAGGUAUGAAAAGACGUUUCCUAGAUUGAGAUAUGUUGUGUUUGUUAAUGGAAGAAGCCGAGAUGAAAUUAUUGUCAAUAUGGAACAACGGAUCAAGCGAAAUGACAUUGAGUUGGAGAAGAGAGAGGCGUUUGAUGCUAUGUGUGACAUAGCAUUAGAUAGAGCAGCCAAGUUGGAAGUGAAGUUGUAA